AUGAUAGUCAGGAUUGUGCUGUUUGCUUUGCUGAUCGAGGCCACUCGGUCGUACUCAGGUUAUUGGAGAUGCGGAAGGGUCUACCUUACAGUAUCGUCGGUAGACUCGAAUUUAGAAAUGAACUGGGUAGCUGAAUGCUCGGAAAACGAGGCCAUUCCAGAAUACAUCAUACUAUCCAGGAAAAACGUCAACGACAGGGACGAAGACCACGGCGUUAUCAUAAUGAUAAAAUUUUCGGAUUACCCGAACGGUUACUACAAGACUUCGGUGAAAUUCGGGGAGCCCUGGCUACCGGGAGGUUGGGAAUACGACCAGGAAAACCCCAAAGUCGAUCCAGGUUUGCACUGCUUUCCCUACUGGAUAGCUUCCGUCAACAAAAAUUCCACUAUAGACUCCAGAUGUUUGGGCAUUCAGCCAACUUGGAUGUCCGAUAAUAGGCAACAAUUGGGGAAUCAACGAAUCGCUUCUCUUCUAAUUCCUGGAACGCACAAUUCUGGAUCCUUCAAAGGAGUACCGACCUUCCUGGAGAACUACAUCGUAUGCCAGGAUAGGAGCGUCUGGACACAGCUGGUGUUUGGCAUACGGUACCUGGAUUUCAGGAUAGGUUACUAUGGAAACGAAGGGUUCUACGUAAACCACGAUCUGGUUCGUGUUACCAAAGUCCGGCCGCUUCUGCAGGAUAUCAGGAAAUUCCUGCAGCUAGCCCCCAAAGAAAUCGUCAUCCUGGACUUCCACAGGUUCCCUUACCCCACUAAUUUCACCAUAGAAGUGCACAGGAAGUUCAUAGAGAUAGUUUACGAAGAAUUAGGCUCCUUCGCAGUACCUUCGACCGAUAUGCGAGGGGGUAAAGGCCCCACUCUCAACGAGCUGUGGGCUAAGAACAAGAAUUUGAUCAUCUGCUAUGGCAAUAGAGGAGCUGUACAAGACAGCUAUUGGCUGUGGAACCCGAUGCCUCAGUACUGGGCCAACACGAAGAGCUCUACGGCGCUGAAGCAGUACAUGGAAAGGUCCAUUACUGAGCACGCUCAUGCCAGUACAAUCAACCCCCUGUGGGCUCUUAUGGCAGAAUUGACCCCUCAGCCGCUGGAUGUGAUUUUCGGGACUAAUUCUUUAAGGAAAUUGGCCCAAUCGGUGAACGGAAUAGUCACCAAGUUCUUCGGUAAAGAACACGGAGAUGACUGUAACACCGUAGCGACAGAUUUCUUCUUGGGAAACGACCUAAUCAACGUGGCUAUUGAGAUUAACAGAAAGAGGCAGCGAUAG